GAUUCUUUUGCUUUCAACUUUGUUCUGGAACUGAUUCUGUUCCCACUUUCAUCAGCCCACAAGAAUUCAUGAACCUCUCCUUCUCACCCUUCAUUAAAUACACCAACACCCCAACCUACCAUUUUUCAGGGUGUCAACAGAUUGUAAUUCUUUUGCAAAUUAAUCCAUCCUUCAUCCUUCUGUUCAAGUUCUUACUCAAAACCAGGAAGCUUCAUCUUUGAAACUGCUUCAAUGGCCUUAAAGAGAAUAUUGAAGGAGCUCAAGGACUUGCAGAGAGAUCCACCAACUUCGUGCAGUGCAGGUCCUGUGGCUGAGGACAUGUUCCAUUGGCAAGCAACAAUCAUUGGUCCAAAUGAUAGUCCCUUUUCAGGGGGUGUGUUCCUUGUAACCAUCCAUUUUCCACCUGAUUAUCCUUUCAAACCUCCAAAGGUUACCUUCAAGACCAAAGUGUUCCAUCCAAAUAUAAACAGCAAUGGCAACAUCUGUUUGGACAUUCUCAAGGAGCAAUGGAGUCCAGCACUCACCAUAUCCAAGGUUUUACUGUCGAUUUGUUCACUUCUAACCGACCCGAACCCUGAUGACCCUCUUGUUCCGGAAAUUGCUCAUAUGUGCAAGACUGACAAAGUCAAAUAUGAGUCAACAGCUCGGAGCUGGACCCAGAAGUAUGCCAUGUGCUAAUUAAUUAAUUAAGACCCUAAUUAAUCUUGUUUAAAAA